UUGCCGCUAUCAGUCUCCAGCUCAACGCCCGGCUGAGGAGGUGAAAGUUUCUCCCCAGGAAGAUAAACCGCAAAAGACAAUAUUGUGCGUGAUUUGCGCUUCGCAGGGAGAGAAAGGAAAAGAAAUAAGAAAUAAUAAGAACAGUGUUGGGUGAGAAGUGGAAGAAAUUCGCAGUGAGCCCAGUGUAUCAGUUUGUUUGUAUGUUGUGCAGCUCAGAGGCGCACCAUGCUGUAGAUGCGACUGUCCUGACAAGUCGUUGCGAUUGUGCUUGGUGCAUGUGCACAAGUGUAGGAUCCCCCCUGCUGCCCGUGUCUGGCGGCCACUCAUUCGCUGCCCAUUGUUGGAAGACUUGCCUUGUGUGUGAGUUCGGGCCCCCAGGUAAGAGCCACCAUGCUGCUGGACGCCGGAGCCCAAUACCCAGCGAUCGGAGUGACGACUUUCGGUUCCUCCAGGCACCACUCUGCUGGCGAUGUGACGGACCGAGAGGUGGCCCUUGGCAUCAACCCCUUCGCAGACGGCAUGGGAGCUUUCAAGCUCAACCCGAGCAGCCACGACCUUGCCUCGGGCCAGACCGCUUUCACUUCUCAAGCUCCGGGCUACGCUGCGGCCGCUCUGGGGCAUCAUCAUCACCCGGGCCAUGUCAGCUCCUACUCCAGCGCUGCCUUCAACUCCACGCGGGACUUUCUCUUCCGCAACCGGGGCUUCGGGGAGGCCGCCAGCGCCCAGCACAGUCUCUUCGCCUCCGCCGCGGGGGGUUUUGCCGGACCCCACGGGCCCCACGCUGACACCACGGGCCACUUGAUUUUCCCUGGUCUCCACGAGCAAGCCGGUAGCCACGCUUCCCCCAAUGUUGUGAACGGACAGAUGAGGCUGGGCUUCUCCGGGGACAUGUAUGGCAGGCCCGACCAGUACGGACAGGUCACUAGCCCACGCUCUGAGCAUUAUGCCUCCAGCCAACUGCACGGCUACGGCCCUAUGAACAUGAACAUGGCUGCCCACCAUGGUGCAGGGGCCUUCUUCCGUUACAUGAGGCAGCCCAUCAAGCAAGAGCUCAUCUGCAAAUGGAUUGAGCCCGAGCAAUUGGCCAACCCCAAAAAGUCGUGCAACAAAACUUUCAGCACCAUGCACGAGCUGGUCACCCAUGUCACCGUGGAGCACGUUGGGGGCCCAGAGCAGUCCAACCACAUCUGUUUCUGGGAGGAAUGUCCAAGAGAAGGGAAACCUUUCAAGGCUAAAUACAAACUGGUCAACCACAUCAGAGUGCACACAGGUGAAAAGCCUUUCCCUUGCCCCUUCCCUGGAUGUGGCAAAGUCUUUGCGAGAUCAGAAAAUCUCAAGAUCCACAAAAGAACUCACACAGGUGAAAAACCCUUUAAGUGCGAGUAUGAAGGCUGUGACCGACGAUUUGCAAAUAGCAGUGAUCGUAAAAAGCACAUGCACGUUCAUACAUCAGACAAACCGUAUCUGUGUAAAAUGUGCGACAAGUCGUACACCCAUCCGAGCUCCCUCAGGAAGCACAUGAAGGUCCACGAAUCGUCUACCCAAGGGUCUCAGCCUUCCCCAGCAGCCAGUUCAGGCUAUGAAUCUUCAACGCCUCCAACAAUCGUGUCUCCUUCUGCAGAAAACCAGAGCACAAGUUCCUUAUCCCCCAGCUCCUCAGCAGUACAUCACACGUCCAGUCACAGCACGCUCUCAUCAAAUUUUAACGAAUGGUACGUUUAAAACGCAUAUUUAAAACUCAAAAAAAUAAAAAAGACUUCAAAUUAAUGAACACUUCCAAGGUAAAAUCCUAAAGCUGCCAAUAGAACCGGGACCGAAUCAAAUGAAGAAUGAGACCUUUUUUUAUUCCUGCAGGCUUGGCAGGAGUAUUAAAAAAAUUAAAAAACAAAACACCCAAGGAUUUUUUUUUUUUUAGAAUUUAUGAGAAGACGAGUUUGCCAGGCCAAAUGCCAACUGUGUAGGUUUAUAAUGAACCACUAAUUAAAGGUCUCAAUCUGCAUGUCUCAUCAGGCAGCGGCCUUUUUUUUUUUUUUUUUGUAAAUACAGAAUUAUUAGUUAAAAAAAAUGUACUGUUGAUUUUGUAAAUAGUUAUAUUACAACCGAAAGGGAUAUGUGGAAUUGUGGUCACUGCAUAUUUGUGUUGGGAGGAGGGGGGAGGGGGUAACUGGGAGUACGAAAUUUAUUUGGAUGGAAAGAAUGUACUAGUGAACAUGUACCAAAAUGUGAAAUACCUUGUAUUAUUCCAGUCUAAGCGUCCACCUAACAGACUAUUAAUGGUAUUAUAAGUGUGCUUACUGUAUAAAGUGCAAAAUCUACGUCCCAAAGUCCAGUCUGGUUAGUGCAGUAAAAUGUUGUUUUUUCACGUCCUGUCAAUAAUUCGUCUAGUGCAAAGCCUGGAAAUCCGUGUCAAACUGUUACACUUUGUUUCUGUAAAGUGAUAUUAAAAGAUAAAAACUAUAUCUGUCCAUUGCUUCUGAACGAAUACAAACAUCCUGGUGUGUGUAUAUAGCUCAUCAUUUUUUUUCCUCAUAUUUAUCCGCAUGUAAAAGGCCGGCUAUACGUGUUUAACAGAUAUUCAAUAUUUAUGGAUAGAUAAAAAAAAUUCGUAUGUAAAAUUUAGUUUGCAAAAGCUGUUUCGUAACAUUUCGUACGUUAUUAAAGGUUCUGAAAAAUCUCA